CAUUGAUUUAGGACCCCCAAAGGGAUGGUGGAGCGGUUGCGGAAGCCGCUCGUGAGUUUGAGCUUCGACUCCGUGCGGCUCAAAGAUCUAUCCGAUGACUACGGAUUUGACGAUGAUGGUGAAUCUACGGUAGUUGGCGAUGAUGCUCUACAAGAAGUUGACGAACUUGACGAGGAGGCUAUGCCUGACAGUAGUUCGCAGUCUCUUUCAAUAAGUGUCAAUGGCGACGCAAGUGACACAGACCAGACCAUGGAUCGGAUUUCAAUGGGAUCAACGGAUUCGAAGGAAACAACAGCAAGUAAAAUUGGUGUUUUGUUCGACAAGGCGAAGUCCAAAGGGAAGAAAUUACUGACGAAGAACAAGGAACGCGAGAAGUCACCAGAGAUGGCCGAGACGGCAGCUCAGUGCUUUAUUAUCAACCCACCACAUUUGAUGAGGGCACCUGAAGAAGAUAAGAAGGUACAGGUAGCGAUGGAGAAGGCGAAGAAAGACCCAUUCAUGGUUAACCACAUCGCCCAACGUUUUCGGGGUUUACCCUUUUUCCAAUACAGAAUGAUGUUUCUUGGAGCAUUGCUUGCCGUCACUUUUGUUCUUCCCGGUUUCUUCACCGGUCUGAUUUGGGGCCUGUACCUGUCCUUCAUUGGUUUCCUGUACUUCUUUGUGUCGGAACCUCGUCCAGUAGUCGAUCGACAUCCAUCACUUGCCACCGAUGAGGAGCCGGUGCCAGUUGAGUUUACUUUGGAACAAGGAACCGAAGCGAGUAAUGCAGAAGGGAAUGCUCUGGGACUUGGGGAGGGCAUUAUUUACCGGGGUUGGAUGAAUGAACUAAAGUGUAGAUACUCUCCCUUGACCUAUCAUGGAAAUUACGCUCAAUCGGUGCUUGUUAGGCUGGAAGGUUCGAUACUGCGAAUAUCAAGACCAGCCAAAGCAGUACUGAAACACGCAUUCCAUGAAGAUCCAACUCUCACACAACCUCCACCGACUAUGGUGUCGCAAACUAUCUACAACUUGGACGGUGCUCAGGUCUCUCUACGACCAAAACGUUUGGCUAGACGGCGAUGGUGGAGUCGCAGAUAUCCGAUCUACAUAAGAUUCGCAAAGAAACCAGGAGACAUCGACCUUUCAAAACCAAUGUCGAGAUCCAAUUCUAUGCAUCCUGUGGAAUCGGCCCCGGAUAACCUGCCAAUUGGAGGCGAAAUAACACCAUUUGAUGAUGGUUACAAUGCUGAAACCGAGUCCAGUGGCAGCGAUGACGAGCAGCACCAGCAGCUUGCUCGCUUGGGCCGUGCAAAUUCUCUGAAUGAUCUGCCAGAUUUUGUUGGUAUGCCCGAUGGAUCUCUAUCACGCCCUCGCGGCAAGAAGCGAACGAUUUACCUGUUUGCUCGAGCGGCUCGCGAAAAGGAGCGUUGGUUCCAUUUGUUCCGUGAAGCAUGCGCUCGUUCACACGCACAAAAACCAUUUGCAGCGCGGAGCACAAGCGAGACCUAUCACAGAUCCAACUCUAUUGACAGCGUUUUAACUCCUCCUAACAAGCAGCAUUCAAAAGCUGAGCCUACAUUCGAGGAUGCCGUCUACAAAAGAAUACAUAGACAAUUCCUUGAACAAAUGCUGUUGAUUCGUGGUGCUGCAGUCUCAGCACCAGAGCGAGGAUCUACAGUUUCGAUCGAUCUGGGCACCAUGAAAUGGAAGCCUGGUGUAUUGGAAGCAAAUUCAGACCUUGUGGAGGCUGUCAAUUCGAUUGGAACCAGAAUAUUCUUUGAUUUUUGUCGUGAUGAGUUUUGGGCCAGACAAGUACAGCAAAAAAUUCAGAAUAAGUUGGCUCAAAUUCACCUCCCGUACUUCAUUGAGAAAUUGGAAUUAUCUUCUCUAACUCUUGGAAGAACUGCGCCUCGCAUCGUCGGAGUAUAUGCGCCAAUACUGAAUGAAUGGGGAACAUGGGUUGACUUUGAGAUUAAGUACGGGGGCGGCCUCCAGUUGGUGCUGCAAACGAGCGUGAAUCUGGUAAAACUUCAAGGUGGAGCUUCUAAGGUUGAAGCAGCGCGUGACUUGAGCCGUGUCACAGAUUCUAUGGCAAGAAAUGUAUCCCGGUACUCAGAUGAAGAUAUACCCGAGAGCCCCGAAAGUAGCCCUGAUGAGGAUUUCGGUGCCAAGAAUAACCCCGAAGAAGCAACCGUCAAGGAGAGGACAGGAAAGAAAAUUAUAUCAAUGGUGGAGCGAGCAGCUCAAAGCAGUAUCUUCCAGAAAGCGGCUAAAAUCAAGAAAGUAGCCAAGCUGAUCGAGGAUGUUUCGUCAACACCGUUGAUACUCAAUGUUGAAGUGGAAAUGCUUGAAGGGCCACUUACAGUCAAUAUUCCGCCGCCACCAUCUGAUAGAUUAUGGUAUGGUUUCCGUCGAUCACCACUGAAGUCCAUCAAAGCUGUCCCUCAAGUAGGCGACAGAUCGGUGGAUUUGACCACUGUAUCCGAUUGGAUUGAAUCAAAGCUUCAACUUCUUCUUGAGAAGAACAUAGUUUGUCCGAAUAUGGAUGACCUCAUUCUACCAGUAAUGUCUGGAAAUGAUCUUAUUCGCAAAGGUGCGUACAAUCAGUGAGUGAUCUUGCAUCAUACAUAUGUUCUUUCUGAGACGGAUUCGUUCAUUUUUUACAACCGCAUGAAUCACGUGGAACUUUGUUCUUACAUUGUUGUACAGUAUGAUCGUUUAUAUUUUCCGUAAUGUUAAGAUCCCGGCUCUGCUUGAUUAUCGAGCAUCUAGUCCUCAUUACUUUUUGAUCAAGCUCAUUUUGUACAAAGAUGUGAUGUUUAAAUUUUUUUUCAUACCGGUCCCUGUUUUGCUUUCGCUUACACGGUUCUUGGAGUAGUUUUUGAUAGUUUCCGAGUUAAACUCUUCUCUCCUCCCUGAAAAGUGUUUAUUUUAGCAUGUUAAUAAUGUUGUUCAUUUUUUGCUUUCUUUCUAACAAUUGUAUAACCUUUGGCCACAUUCCGCUUUUCAUUCGAAGUAAACUAGCUUUAUUCAAUUCUUUGGCCGCUUUAGUACCUGUAUUGCCAAAAUAAAGCUUUUUACACAUUC